GAUAAAAAUAAAAAAGGGGUAAAAAUAGCUGGAUAUCCCAGGCUGCUGGCGAGAAGGAGCCCUCGUCUUCCUGGAGCCCCCUUUCUUGUCCCCCUGCACCCCAGCGCUCAGAGGCAGAAGAACUCCUUGUCCCAUAAUUUUUCAGGAUGGCAGCUGAAAAAUUGAAAAACCAUAAGAUCAUCUUUGUAGUAGGUGGGCCUGGCUCAGGAAAGGGGACCCAGUGCGAGAAGAUUGUUCAGAAGUAUGGCUACACCCACCUAUCCACUGGGGACCUCCUGAGAGCGGAGGUCAGCUCUGGCUCGGACAGGGGGAAGAAACUGUCUGCCAUCAUGGAGAAAGGAGAGUUAGUCCCAUUGGACACCGUUCUAGACAUGCUGAGGGAAGCCAUGGUGGCCAAGGCAGACACCUCCAAGGGUUUCCUGAUUGAUGGCUACCCCCGGGAAGUGAAGCAGGGCGAGGAGUUUGAGAAGAAGAUCGCACCCCCAACAUUGCUGCUCUACGUGGACGCUGGCAAGGACACAAUGGUGAAACGACUGCUGAAGCGUGGGGAGACGAGCGGCCGCGUCGACGACAACGAGGAGACAAUCAAAAAGCGGCUGGAGACGUACUACAAGGCCACUGAGCCUGUCAUUGCCUUCUAUGAGAAAAGGGGCAUUGUCCGUAAGCUUAAUGCCGAAGGCUCAGUGGACGACGUGUUCCAACAGGUCUGCACUCACCUGGACGCCCUGAAGUAAAAGCGCAGGGAAGAGCACCUGCUGGUUCUCCACCCCCACCCUCCCCCUCUGCUCCCUCCUCUCUCACUCUCUUCCCCACUUCCCCACCACCAGUGGAUCUCCGCUCCUGGUGCCUCUUCCCCUUCCCUCUCAAUCUGGCCUCAGAUCCAUCUUUGCCUCCCCACACGAGCCUCCCUAGUCCCCCUCCUCCCGCCUGCCUCACCUCCCAUUUCAUCUCAGGGGCUGUGACAGCGGAAGUGGUGUUAUCCUGUUUUCGUGGACGGAGCCUCGUUGGAGGAAAUUUCAAGGACAUUGUGUUUGGCUCCCUAACCUUCUCUCCAAAGUAAAGUUCACUUUCAUGAGCUGA